UGGAUUAGUGGGGUGAGCAGUGAUCUAGGAUCAGAAUCUUCAGGAUGGGGGGAGGGUCUGUAUCCACACUGCCACGCCCACACGAGCUUCAGCAUCCAUCCACACACAUACCACAGCUCAACUUCCAGUGAGUGAAGUUCUCAGCUUCAGGAUCCCCACUGUCCACUGUUCCCCCACAGCAUGAGCUGUUCGGCCAGAUAGUCUUCUACAACAGCCUGGAGGAACUCCUGGAGUCCUGCACGAGCCUGCGUGAGACUGAGAGAUGGCGCGCGGUGGAAGAACCUGUAGAGUAUCCAGCUGGACUGCAGGAGAAAUCUCCCGGAGCUCCUCAGGCAGAUGUUCCUGCAGGAGGCAGGCGGAGAGGAGCUGCUGAGGAUCAGCUCGCGCUGCAGUGGAGACCCGGAUCAGGAUGGCUCUGAUGUUUGGGAAAGCGAGAACGUGCAAUAUCGUGACAGUUCCAGAGCACGAGCCUGCAGAGUGUAAUGUGGUGGUGCUGGGAGCUCUGGGCUCUGGUAAAUCAGCCCUGACUGUGAAGUUCCUCACAAAGCGCUUCAUUAGCGAAUAUGAUCCAAAUCUCGAGGACACUUAUUCUUCUGAGGAGCUUGUGGACCAGCAGCCAGUUCUGGUCAAAGUGAUGGACACAGCUGACCAGGAUGGACCAGUGAACUGUGAGCGCUACCUGGGCUGGGCCAGUGCAUUUCUCAUCGUCUACAGUAUAGAUAACAGAUACAGCUUUGAUGUGUGUCAGCAGUAUCUGGAGACUGUGACGCUGUACACUAAAGGCCUGCAGCCUGAGGCUCCAGUCAUUCUACUGGGCAACAAAGUGGACAUGGAAAGAUACAGGCAGGUCAGUAAGUCGGAUGGAGCGUCUCUGGCUGCUCGGUUCAGCUGCUUGUUUUUCGAGGUGUCUGCCUGCCUGGACUUCUUGUCAGUUCAGCAUGUUUUUCAUGAUGCGGUUCGGGAGGUCCGGCGUGAGGCUGAGAGGAGUCUAGGGGUCCGGCCUCUCUUCAUCAGCGAGGACAGACCCACCAUCAGCCUCUCUGCACCCCCUCCUCUCCUGCCCUGCUAUAAGGAGCUGCCCACCCCAGCCACUGCCAAGCUGGUGACGGUCAAAUCCUCCAGAGCCCAGAGCAAACGCAGAGCCCCCACGCUCACCCUGCUGAAGGGCUUCAAAAUCUUCUGACUCAGUGCUGCCCCCUGCUGGCAAUGAAGCACACAUGUUGUAUUCAGUUAUGAAACCACAAAACACAACAUGGACUGGUUUGGGUUUGAGUUGAGCUGUGAUGCUUCAGCAGGCAAGUUGAAGUUAAACAGUUAAAGGAGAUCUCUGAAGAGGUGAAAAGGACUUGGGCUGUAGUGAAACAUGAAAUCAAGUAUGAACUUUUGUUGAAUAUCCCAGCAUUCUGAAAUACAGCGAUUUAACAGGGUUCCUGUGGGUCCUUAAAAAGUCUUAAAAUGUCUGAACAUCUUGAUAAUUAAGGUCUUAAAUUAUAUUAAAUUUACUGUAAAUUUGCUUUAGGUAUUACAUUUUUAGAUGGUGCUUUUAAUGCCAGUGGGAAAACACAUACUAAUAUUAGCAGCGAGUAACUGGGGAAAGAACAAAGGUUAUCGGAGAGCUAGCUAACAUCAGCGACGAGCUAGAUAACAUUACUGGGUAGUGGUGUGACGAGAUCUCGGACGAUAUUUCUCGUCAGGCUUAAACCUGUCUCACGGGGCAAAAAAAAACAGUUAAGUGUGGACUUUUUAAGCGGGAUCUGGCAACCCAGUAGCGAUAGAGUAUGGUGGAGGCAGUGGCGCAAAAAGGGGUAUGGAGCCUAUGCGACGCAUAGGGGCGCUGCACUAGAGGGGGCGCCAAAUCCAAGCCCCAAAUCAAUUUGCGGAGCGUGGUGGGAAAGUAAUGACAGGACGCUGACGAUUUUAAAACGCAUCUCCCAGACCCCCAGCCCCCCCUGAGAGGUUAAUGCUUAUAAAAGUUUAUUAUCAUAUGAUUGUAUUUUAAAGAUGCACUGCCUGAUUGCCUUACAUUACAUUUUUUGCAUUUGUAGUCUUUUAAAAAACAAUAACCACAUGCUAGGUGCAUUGAUGUACUCUAGGCAGGGUGUCAUGUUUUUAUUAUUCAAAUAAACCCAUGUUUUACUGUUAAUAACAAUACAUAAAGUACCAGUUAAAAGUUUGGACACACCCCUUCUCAUUUAAUGCCGUUAUUUAUAUUAUUUAUUUAUAUUUUUAAUAUUGAAGACAUCAAAACUAUGAAGGAACUCCUAUGCAUUUAUGUAAGCAAAAAAAGUGUUAAGAUGUUUAAGUGUUUAGAUUCUUCAAAGUAGUACCUAUUGCUUUGAUGUCAACUUGAUGCUCUGUAGAUUUUUUUUAAUGAAUCGAUUGUUAUUCGGAUAAAAAGUAAAAAACAAAAAUUGAUCAGAUAUGAAAUAGUUCAGAUAUGAAAGAUUUAAGAGUAAUUUUAAAAGUAACACACAAUAUUAAAAUAUAUUAAAAAUAUUAGUAUUAACAUAAAAAAUUUACCCAACAGUUACAUUAAUUUAUUAUUAUCAUUCACAAUAACAGUGUAUGUAAUGUAAAUGUACAUUGUGACUCUCAAACACUUACAAAAAAUACUUAUAUAUUUUACAUAUAUACAUAUAUAUAGUCAUGGCACCCUCUAGAUCCUGUCACUACUACUUUAAAGAAAUCAUCCUCUCACCAAACCCAAAGGGCUUUGUUAACAUUCAAAUUAUAAAUGUAACAGAUUGCAGAAAAUCUUCUGGUGAUUCUUUUUUUUUGUUACAUUAGAAUUUCACUAAUGGCCACCUGAAUACAGACAAGUUGAUACAUGAAACUUGUGAGGAUGCAGCAUGAGGACAGCAGGGGGGGCAUUUAUAUUACUGAACUGAACAAACAGUGAAGUGACACUGCAACAACAAACCACACUAAUCUUGCACUGCCAUUGUGACUGUAUUUAAAUGAGCUAUGAGUAUAGCUUCUUAUGCAGGGCAUCCUGAGGUGGGCUGGAUUUUACUGACACCCAAUACUCUAUACACACCCCCUCAGAGCCUAUACCAACCUGAAUCCCACCCAGCCCUCAUUCCACCCGUAUGAAAGACCCACAUGAGCAUGUUGUCUGGGAAAUAAGAACUGAGGUCACAGAUUGAUGUUGAAUGUUUAAGGUCUGAUUGAUCUUCACCAUAAGUGCCAACUUAUCUACAUUUAUUGACAAUAAAUAAAAUCCUUUAUAAAGUGCA